GGCUGCAGGUACGACGGGGAAUGGAGACGGGGGCUGCCUCACGGCAAGGGUGUGAUGAAGUACGCCAACGGGGAUCAGUUCCGCGGGAGGUUCGAGGCAGGGAGCAGGAGGACAGGGAAGGGAGAAUACGUGUGGGCCAACGGCAUUGAGAGACACGUGGGAGGAGAGUUCGCGCUGGGUGAGCGAUGGGGCAUCGGAGUCACGACCAGCAAGGACGGGAGUUUUCACUCUGGUCAAUACCGAGCUGGGAGGGCACAAGGAGAGGGGCAGGAGGAGGCAAAGGGGAUCGGAAUGUUGUAUGAGGGAGAGUAUGCCAAUGGACUGCGGCAUGGGCAGGGAUGCGCGUCAACUUCGGAGGUUACUGGCUUGUUGACGCUGUUGCAGUGGAUGGAGUACGAAGGAGAGUGGGUUCUUGACACCAAGGAUGGUUUUGGGACCCUGAGGAGGAAGAGUGGAGCAGUGUUGAGCGGGCACUUCAAGAUGGAUCGAGCGCUGGGAGGAGGCGAGCUUCUCUGCCCCGACGGGAGCAGCUAUCAGGGAGAGUUCAUGAAUGGAGUGGCGGACGGGCGGGGAGUGUACCGCGGAGUCAACCGUGGAGAUGUCUAUCAGGGAGAGUUCAUGGCUGCCCACAGGCACGGGAGGGGUCGGUUGUCGUUUGCCAAUGGCGACAAGCUCGACGGGGAGUUCUGUUGGAACAAGCUUUGUGGCCGUGCUACCUUCCAGAGCUGCUGGGGAGCGAUACGAGAA